AAAAAAUUUGGUAAGUCAUCUUGUCAUUUCACUAGUUUACUGUUUACUCCAGAGUCCAGACAACUUUUCCUUGAAUUCGGUUCUCUUUAAAUAUUAUUAGUUUGAGAAAUGGCUUCAAUAGUGGAUAAUUUGAUCGAAAUGGGAUUCACAAAGGAAAAAGCAGAAUUGGCUGUGUCUCGAUGUGGCUCCACUAACAUUGAAACUAUAAUGGAUUGGAUAUUGAGUCACGAAGAAGAAUUAGAUGCAAUAUCGGCUAAUCCUUCUCAAAAUCCAUCUGCUGUUACACAGCAGGAACCGGCUGCAUGUAAUCCUGAGAAUAUAGCCGAAGGCGAAGGAAAACCAGAAGAUUUAGUUGUAAGAUCUAUUAAAUGUAAUGACUGCGGUAAAUUAUUCCAAACUCAGGACGAGGUAUCAUUUCAUGCUGUGAAAUCAGGUCAUGGAAAUUUCUCUGAGUCAGUAGAAGAAAAGAAACCCAUGACUGAGGAAGAAAAAAAGGAGCAGUUAUCAAAAAUUGAAGCUAAAUUGAGACAAAGGCGAUUAGAGAGAGAAGCUAAAGAAAAAGAGGAGGAAUUAGAAAAAGAAAGGAAUAGAAUAAGAUCUGGCAAAGAGUUGCUAGAAGCGAAGAAAAAGCAUGAAGAACUAGAAAUGAAAAAAAUUUUAGAUCAGAGAAGAAGGGAAAAAGAAGAGGAAAAAAUAGCUAGACAGAGAGUUAAAGAACAGAUUGAACAAGACAAAUUAGCUAGAAAAGCAAAAUACUCAAAUCAACCCAUGGAAGUAGAAACCCCAAAGGCUGCUGUUCCAACAAUUGCCGCAACGAAAUCCGUCACAAAUUACACUGAAGUCAGAUUGCAAAUUCGUCUAACAAAUGGUAGCGCUUUAACUCAUACCUUUCUGGCAAAAGAGCCUCUAUCAGCUGUUAGGUUAUAUGUUGAAAUGAACAGGAAUGAUGGAGAAGGACCUUUUAAUCUUAUGACGAAUUUUCCAAAGAAAAUAUUCACUUCAGAAGAUUAUGAGAAGCCCCUUGAUACUUUGGGUUUGGCCCCAUCGGCUGUUUUGAUCGUUUCCAAAGCUUUGUAGCUGGGCAGUUGUUUCAAAACUGAGCAGAAGAAUGGUUUUGAUGGCUUUUUUCUCACUUUAUAUGUAUAAUAGAAUAAAUAAUAUGGAAUAAACAUUUUCACCAAA